AUGUAUAUGAUAAGUGGUUGUGUACCCUCCUUGUACAUCGCAGCAAUACAAGGAUAUUCUGAUAUAGUUAGCUGUCUCGUCCAAAACGGCGCUGACGUGGACAUUACUGGAUACAGUAAUAUGACACCUUUAUUCCAAGCUUCAUAUGGGGGUUUUAUAGAAAUCGUAAAAAUCCUUGUAGAAAGUGGGGCAGAUGUGAAUUUGUGUGAUAACCAUAACGAAUCACCAUUGUGCGUUGCGUCUAAAGAAGGUCAUUCAGACGUUGUUUCGUAUUUGAUAAAGAACGGUGGAGAUGUUAACAUAUGUGACGAACAUGGCACAUCGCCCCUUUUAGCAUCAGUAGAAAAUGGUCACGUGAAUGUAUUGAAGACUUUGCUGAACAAUAAUGCUGAAGUAAAUAACCAAUUAUCAGGUGAAAGAUUACCCUUCAUGAUUACAUUAAUGAAAGGGAGAGUCGAAAUUGCUAACUUUCUUCUCCAAAAUGGGGCCGAUUAUAAAAUGAAAAAUGAAGGUGGAGUAACAACUAUGCAAAUUGCUCUGUGGAAAAAUUAUUCUGAAAUAUUACUACAGAUUGUAUCAUUAGAAAAUAGACGAAAACCAUUCAUCGGAAACUUUCAAUUAUUUCAGCUGUUGGUUGACUUGUUCGAUUUUGAAGUAUUCCAAGACACAAGUUGCAGUAUAAAUAGAAAUCACAAUUUGCCUCUUCUGUCGUUUAUUUCUAAAGAUACUGAUGAAGAUGGUAUAAAACAUUUAGUUAAGCUUGGUUUAGGAAGUAAACUAGAUAAUAAAAAGAAACAUUUACUCCUAGAAUAUGCUAUAACUAAAUCAGGCGUGAAUAAACGUGUUGAAAAGGUCAAAUCAUUGUUUGACUUAUGCAAAUCAUCCAAUGUUCGGGAUUAUAACUCUGUGUCACUUUUAGAAUGCACAAGAAAGUUAUUUGAACAAAACAAAACUCUUUUGAAGGAAAGUAAAUAUAGAUGGGAAAAUUACCCUAACGAGGUAUUUAGAGAAUGUCUGAAGGCUGUUUCAUUAUUAGACAAAGCUGGAAAUAAGACUGUAAGCAAACGGGAUGUUGAGGAAUAUUGGUUCAUAAUGUUUUUCCUUAAACAACGGAUUAGAAGAUUUUCUGUGUGAAGAAAUCUCAUCGUCUUAUUCGUCGAUAUUUUAUCUUUUUGUCCAAAAAGAGUCACAAUUUCCGAUUUUCAUGCAGAUCGAUCUUCUUUUAAAAAUCUACCUAUUUGAUUUAUUGUUAAAUUGUUUUCGUCUUGAAUAUGCAUAAAAUAUUUG